AAACUCAGAAUAUAUUAUUUAUUUGCUAGGAAUAGAUGUCAUUUAUUAAGUUUGUAAAGAUUUCAUGUCUACUCAUAUGAAACGGCUGUAUUUUACAGAGCCAACCUCCCACCCCAAGACCUAUAAGUAAUAAGACAAGAAAAUGAAGCUGGACCUGACCUUGGGUGCUAUUGAACACCAGCGCUUCCAUACCGUUUAUCACACGCUACAGAAGAAACUUCACCGAACAUCUAAAUUCAAGGAGAAGGAAAUAGAAAGAUUUCUCAUUACCUACUACAAGUUCACCCUGCCCGCUGGGAAGAAGUCCAGGCAGAUGACGCACAGUCAGUUCUCUACAUUCUACCAGAUCUUCUUAGGAGUUUCAGAGCUGGAGUGGAUAGACUCGGUCAUUGCGUACGUUGAACCAGGGUCUAAAAAAUUCAUUUCCGCGGAAGCUUAUUUGAAAGCAAUGGAAUUGUGGACAUUCGGAUCCUUCGAGGAUAAAAAGCAAUUUUGUUUCACGGUUUACGACAGGCACAGGAAGGGUUACAUUACAAAGGAGGUACUACGGAAAUACUGCCGGAAUAUGGUGUAUGGACAGACAGUAGAAGAUACGCAGGAAAUGACCAGGGAAUAUGCUGAUUUCCUUCUCCGAAAGUUUGAUAAGGAUCGCGACGGUAGAAUAUCAUUUGAUGAUUAUUCCCAAACUGUAAACGAGAGUCCACAUCUGCUUGAAUUCCUUGGUCAACUUUGCCCUGAUCUUACCAGACUUUUCGAGACUUUCCAAGACUAAAUGUAAGACUGUUCCAUGCUAAAACUCAAAAAAAUAAAGACAUGUUUUACUUGAUGGAUA